AUGAAGCUGUUCGCCUUCGUGAGGCGCGCGCGCCGGCCGCCGCCGACGUCGCCUGCGGCGCCCGACGACACCGCCACGGCCACCGCCGCCGCUGCGCCCGCGGAGAAGCGGCGCCGGAGGCCUUCAUCGUCGUCUUCGUCGGGGUCGGCCGCGGCGUGGAAGCCGACGCUGGGCGCCAUCUCCGAGGACGCCGCCAUGACUGCCGCGUCCAUGGCGAAGGCGCAGGCGAAGAAGCCAGCCGCGCCGCCCAAGGCCAGGGCGAGGUCGCCACGCCGCGCCACCCGGGCGGCGAGCUACGACGACUUCCGGCACUACGGCCAGCCGACGGUGCUGCCGGCGUUCACGCCGACGGCCUUCCUGUUCUGA